AAACAAUGGGGACAUGUCUAAGUCUAUACUAUACAACUCCAAAUGGUGGACAUGUUGAAACCUGUCAGUUUUAUACCAGUCUGGUUCAACUCUGUAAGAGACCAUCAUGAAUGCUCACCAACUGUCAGAAUCUUUAUUGGGCACAUCUUCUCUUCAUCUAACCAAUGGGACACAAAAUGGGAAGGAGAUAAGUGUCAAACUUGAGAAAGAUAUUGGUAACAGUUUGAUUAAAUCUGAAAAUGGGCAGUACCAGAAAUGGAGGUCAGGUCACUCCCCAGACUCUGAGUGGCGGACAACCACAGACACCUCCAUCUACUCCUCCCCCAGUCCAAGCCCAGUGUCCCUGGAGGUGCUGGAGGCCUGCGACGGCAUGGACAAUAUGACUCUGGAGACCAGCACUAUCAGCCCAGUAAUGCCAACAAAAGCUGGGAGAGGGCGUGGACGUGGGCGUGGUCGAAAUCGUGGCCGUGGUAAUGGCAGAGUUACAUCCAAAAAGAAUUCUUACAAAAAAGUGCCCGUUCCAGAAAGUUCAUCAUCUAGUUAUGAUUCUGAUUCUUCAACUUCUGCUUCGGACAGCAACUCAAACUCCAAAUGCAGUUCAGACUCCAGUAACUCCUGCUCCUGUAACUCUAGUGAGUCUUGUUCUGAUUGUUGUAGCUACUCCUCUUGUCAGUCAUCUUACACCUCCUCCAGUAGCUCCUAUACCUCCUCCUCCACCUGUUCUUGCUGUGAGUCCACCACAUCCUACGAAUCUGCUGACGAUCUCACUUCUCUACCGAGAGCCAAGAGAGGGUCUAAGCUGGGUCCUGUCGGAAGCAAGAAAGUUGCUAACAAAUGUUCCCAAUCCUAAGCAUGUAAUGAUAGGCACAUUGUUUUCAUGACAUAUUUAAUACUGUCUGGAAAUAAAAGUAUUACUGUUUGUGAUUUUAAUUUUAUUUUAUAUAAGAAUAUCUGAAUGUACUAAUUAAAUUAUGAAACUGAAUUUUAUGCUGUAAAAAUAGUUUUGUUAAAGAUUCUGUUAUGUAUUAAAUAAUAUUUUGUGAUGUGUUUGUAAGGAGACGUUAUUUGCAUGAUUGUUUUAAAUUUACUUAGAAGUCUCGAACUAUAAUAAAUGUUAUUCUUGUUUGCAGCCAUAAAUUGAUUAGUUUUAAUAAAGUUGUUUAUGAAAUAGA